GCAUGUACGCUUAUGUCGAUUCAGCCAAGCCAUGGGCGAUAAACGCAACGGACAACACCACACUGGCAACCCGUGGGCUAUUAGCUAAUCGAUUUCAUCGCCAAAUUUAUCAUUAUAACCAACAGCAAGAACACCGACAAUGCUUCGACUCUCUCUUUCCACCCUCUCCUUCUCUCGCUCGUUUCUCUCCCUACCACAGAAGCCCCGCAGAGCAUCUUACGUUAUGACAUAUACGGCGUCGUUUUCUUCUGCUCCUCCUUCUGGGUACUCUAGCAAGCUCUUGUUUCGCCAGCUUUUCGAGAAGGAGUCCUCUACCUAUACUUAUUUGCUCGCCGACGUCGCUCACCCUGAUAAGCCUGCUUUGUUGAUUGACCCGGUUGACAAGACAGUGGACAGAGACCUCACCCUUGUCGAAGAACUAGGGUUGAAGUUAAUUUAUGCCAUAAACACUCAUGUACAUGCUGAUCAUGUAACAGGAACCGGGUUGAUAAAGACUAAGGUUCCUGGUGUCAAAUCUGUCAUUUCAAAGGCAAGCAAAUCAAAAGCUGAUGUUCUAAUUGAAGCUGGGGAUAAGAUACAUUUUGGUGAUUUGUUUCUGGAGGUUCGAGCUACUCCUGGCCAUACAGUAGGUUGUGUUACUUAUGUUACUGGAGAUGGGCCUGAUCAACCCCAACCAAGGAUGGCUUUCACUGGGGACACUUUGCUAAUACGGGGAUGUGGAAGAACUGAUUUUCAGGGGGGAAGUUCACAACAACUCUAUCAGUCAGUGCAUUCACAGAUAUUCACCUUGCCAAAGGAAACAUUGGUCUAUCCUGCUCAUGAUUACAAGGGAUCCACUGUUAGCACUGUUGAGGAGGAAAUGCUGUAUAACCCAAGGCUUACCAAAGAUGAGGAAAAGUUUAAGAGUAUUAUGGAAAAUCUAAACCUUCCGUAUCCAAAGAUGAUCGACAUAGCUGUUCCUGCAAACAUGGUCUGUGGGUUGCAAGAUCCACCUGCGAAGCCUGUUGAGGCCUAGUCAAACUAGGAAUAGUCAGGUCCAAGCUUGAGCAAUCCGUGUCUUCUGAUGGCUACAGUUUUUGGCUAGCAGAUAUGAAGAGUCUUUGUCAAAGCCUGUUGUUUAUCACACGGUCAGUUAUUAUGGAGGCAAAUCCCUGUCACAAUGAACUCCACUUAAUAAAGAAGUUCAAGAUAAAGUCUUCUGCAUCAGCAUCACACCGAUAUUUGCCAAAAUGCAGGUUCUUCAACUCAGUACAAUACUUCCUUUGAUUAAGGAUUUGCAUUGCGGUGUAGCACACAUAGCUAAUAUCUUGGCCGUGUUACCUUGUUCCCCCAGCUUCUUUGUGUAAUAAAUUAUGGAAAACCACUCCAUUUGUAAAAACCGGUCUAAUUGUCUUUAAAUAAAGAGUGCAUUUUAUACAA